CCAAGAAGAUGGCGCAGACGCCGCUGGGACGCGGGCAAACCGAUAGCCUGGGCGCCGGCAAAGCCAUCGCCGUCCUCACCUCCGGGGGGGACGCCCAGGGCAUGAACGCGGCCGUCCGCGCCGUGGUGAGGGUGGGCAUCUACACCGGCGCCAAGGUCUACUUUGUGCAUGAGGGCUACCAGGGGCUGGUGGACGGCGGGGACAACAUCAAGGAGGCCACGUGGGAGAGCGUCUCCAUGAUGCUGCAGCUGGGGGGUACGGUCAUCGGAAGCGCCCGGUGCCAGGAUUUUCGGACGCGCGAGGGACGGCUAAAAGCCGCCCGGAACCUGGUGAAACGCGGCAUCACCAACCUCUGCGUCAUCGGCGGCGACGGCAGCCUCACCGGCGCCGACACCUUCCGCGCCGAGUGGAGCAGCCUCUUGGCCGAGCUGGUGAAAGUGGGGGGGAUCACAGCGGAGGAGGCGAAGAAGUCCAGUCACCUGAACAUCGUGGGCAUGGUGGGCUCCAUCGACAACGACUUCUGCGGCACCGACAUGACCAUCGGCACCGACUCGGCGCUGCACCGUAUCAUGGAGAUCGUGGACGCCAUCACCACCACGGCCCAGAGCCACCAACGGACCUUCGUGCUGGAAGUGAUGGGUCGCCACUGCGGCUACCUGGCGCUCAUCACUGCCCUGGCCUGCGGCGCCGACUGGGUCUUCAUCCCCGAGUCCCCUCCCGAGGAUGACUGGGAGGACCACUUGUGCCGCAGGCUGACGGAGACCCGCGUGGGCGGCUCGAGGCUGAACAUCAUCAUCGUGGCCGAGGGCGCCAUCGACAAGCACGGCAAGGCCAUCACCUCCGACGACAUCAAAACCCUGGUGGUGAAGCGUUUGGGGUACGACACCCGGGUCACCAUCCUGGGCCACGUCCAGCGUGGCGGGACGCCCUCCGCCUUCGACCGCAUCCUGGGCAGCCGCAUGGGUGUUGAAGCUGUCAUGGCUCUGCUGGAAGGGACCCCCGACACCCCGGCCUGCGUCGUCAGCCUCUCAGGCAACCAAGCCGUGCGCCUGCCCCUUAUGGAGUGCGUCCAGGUGACCAAAGACGUGACGACGGCGAUGAACGAGGGGCGCUUUGAAGACGCCCUGAAGCUGCGGGGCCGGAGUUUCCAAAACAACUGGAACGUGUACAAGCUGCUGGCACACAUCCGCCCCCCCUCCACCAAGAGCGGCUACACGCUGGCCGUGCUCAACGUGGGCGCGCCGGCUGCCGGCAUGAACGCGGCCGUCCGGUCGACCGUGCGGAUCGGCCUCAUCCACGGGCACCGGAUGCUGGCGGUGCACGACGGCUUCGAAGGGCUCGCCUACGGGAGGGUGGAAGAGAUCAGCUGGGAGAGGGUCGGCAGCUGGACAGGGCUGGGAGGAUCCAAACUGGGGACAAAAAGGACCUUGCCCAAGAAAUACUUUGAGGAAAUCAGCGCCAACAUCAGCAACUUCGGCAUCCACGGGCUGGUCAUUAUCGGUGGCUUCGAGGCUUUCACGGGCAGCCUGGAGCUGAUGGAGGGGAGGGCCAAGUACGAGGAGCUCUGCAUCCCGCUCUGCGUCAUCCCCGCCACCGUCUCCAACAACGUCCCCGGCUCCGACUUCAGCAUCGGCGCCGACACCGCGCUCAACACCAUCACCACGACCUGUGACCGCAUCAAGCAGUCGGCGGCCGGGACCAAGCGCCGCGUCUUCAUCAUCGAGACCAUGGGUGGCUUUUGCGGCUACUUGGCCACCAUGGCAGGGCUGGCGGGCGGCGCCGAUGCCGCCUACAUCUACGAGGAACACUUCAACAUCCGCGACCUGCAGGUCAACGUGGAGCAUUUAACUGAGAAGAUGAAGACGACGGUGAAGAGGGGGCUGGUGCUCAGGAACGAGCGGUGCAAUGAGAACUACACCACCGACUUCAUCUACAACCUCUACUCGGAGGAAGGGAAGGGAAUCUUUGACUGCCGGAAAAACGUGCUGGGGCACAUGCAGCAGGGCGGCACCCCGACCCCCUUCGACAGGAACUUCGGCACCAAAAUGGGUGCCAAGGCGGUGGCCUGGAUCACCGGGAAGAUCAAGGAGUGCUCCCGGCACGGUCGGAUCUUCGCCAACACGGCCGACUCGGCUUGUCUGCUGGGCAUGCGCAAGCGCAGCCUCGUCUUCCAGCCCAUCACCGAGCUCAAGGAGCAGACAGACUUCGAGCACCGCAUCCCCAAGGAGCAGUGGUGGCUGAAGCUUCGCCCCAUCCUAAAAAUCCUGGCCAAGUACAACAUCGAGCUGGACACCUCGGAGAAAGCCCACCUAGAGCACGUCACGCGCAAGAGGAUCUCGGUCGAAUCCAACAUCUAAGAGGAGAUGGCCGGCGCGGCUUCCCCCACCCCGGAGCGUGUCGCUCCAGGGAACCUCCGAAACAAGCGCUUCCCCGUUGUAGCUCGCACCCCCUGGGAAGCCAGGCAGCACCUCCACGCCCCGAGGGCACCCACUGCCUCAGCAAAAGAGCGGUUUUCCCGAAGCAGAGGCUUUCCUCGGGGUAAAUUUUGGGUUGGUUUAGGUAUUUUAUGGGCUUUUUAAACAGGAAAGUGUUGCGGCGGGAUGUUGCAAUGAGCUGAGAGCAAGCGGACUGGGUAGAGUCCCCAGGGCACCGCUUUAGUGUUAAAAAUUCAGAAUUAAGAUGCUUCAAUAAACUCACCACUCACUCAUGGUGGCAAACACGAA